UGUUGUUCUCUGAGACCACAACAGUGAGAUCUGCUCAUUGAGUAAAUUGGUAGUAUGACUCCUUCAGGCUUUCUGACCGCACUGUGUGUUUUCAGACGCUGUUAUCAGUCUCCUGUUUACUUUGAAAGGGGAACUGAUUUCGAGAGUGCAUGUCUCUCUGCUCCUCCUCUUUAAACAGGCCAAACACGCAAGUUGUGUAAAUCACUGUGACCUGAGAAGAGAGACGGUCAGACCACCAGACACACCAGAGGUACAAUGGAGAAAUCAGCAGAGGGACCAACCAAGAAGAAAGUUGUGGCAGUGGUGGGAGGUGGUUUGGUUGGAGCACUGAACGCCUGCUAUUUUGCCAAAAGAGGCUUUGAAGUGGAACUCUUUGAAACCAGGGAAGAUAUCCGCCAAGCCAAAAUUGUGAAGGGGAGAAGCAUCAACCUGGCUUUGUCUCACAGAGGCCGAGAAGCACUGAAACAUGUCGGGAUGGAGGAGAAGAUUACCUCACAAGGAAUUCCCAUGCAUGCAAGAAUGAUCCACUCACCGAGUGGGAAACAGUCUACGAUCCCUUAUGGCAAGAAAGGCCAGUACAUCCUGUCAGUUGACCGAGCCAACUUGAACAAACAGCUGCUAACAGAGGCCGAGACGUAUCCAAACACAAACCUGAACUUCGGUCACAAACUGCAGGACUGGAGCGCUGAAACAGGGCUAAUGACCUUUGUCAGGUCAGAUGGAUCCGAGGACCAGAUCCAGGCAGACCUGAUUGUGGGCUGCGAUGGAGCUUUCUCUGCCAUCCGCAAGCAGUUCACGCGUCGCAGCCGCUUCAACUACAGCCAGACGUACAUCCCCCAUGGCUACAUGGAGCUUACCAUGCCUCCCAUCAAUGGAGAGUUUGCCAUGAAGCCCAAUUAUUUGCACAUCUGGCCAAGGAACACAUUCAUGAUGAUAGCCCUGCCCAACUUGGACAAGACAUUCACCUGUACCCUCUUCAUGCCCUUUGAUGACUUUGAGAAGAUCACCACAGGAGAUGAAGUCGUUGAGUUUUUCCAGAAGUACUUCUCGGACACCAUACCACUAAUAGGACUCGAUGCUCUCAAGAGGGAUUAUUUCCGUUUGCCUGGGCUGCCCAUGGUGUCUAUAAAGUGUUCGCCGUAUCACAUUGGAGACAAAUGUGUCCUUAUGGGCGAUGCAGCCCACGCAGUGGUGCCUUUCUAUGGGCAGGGGAUGAACGCUGGCUUUGAGGACUGCAUUGUGUUUGACGAAGUAAUGGAUCAGUUCAAUGAGGAUUUCAGUGCUGUACUGCCUGAGUAUACUAGAGUGCGAGUUCCAGACGACCACGCAAUUGCAGACCUGGCCAUGUACAACUACAUUGAGAUGCGAGCACAUGUGAACUCCACAUGGUUCCUUUUCAGAAAGCAUGUUGAUAACUUCCUCCACUUCCUCAUGCCAAAGACAAUCAUUCCACUUUACACGAUGGUCACCUUCACUCGGACAAGAUACCACAAAGCCGUGGAGCGCUGGCAUUGGCAGGACAAAGUGAUAAACCGUGGCUUGCUGUUCAGUGCUACCGGGGCUGUUCUGGGAUGCUCCUACCUGCUCAUUAAAAAUCCUCCCGAUAUCAACAAGCUCAUCCUCCCCGCUGAGAAACUGUGGAGCAGGGUUGUGGCCCUCAGGACCUGACGUACUCUGAUCUGACAGACAAGUGUUAAGACUGGACUGAUUAACAUGAGGAGAAACCAAGGGGGUCUUACAUUUUAAUUAGAGUGUGAUUGAGUCUUCUUUUUCAAAAUAGAGGCUCUGCUGGACAAAUUAAUUUCCUGUAAUCAUGAUUGUGGUAACUUGUCAUAACGAUGGAUUAUAUUAUUUAACAAGAGAUUAACAGAAUCCAAUUCAUAAUGGUUUGAAUGAAGGAGUCCAAACGUUGAUCUUUUCAGUCUUUACAUUUGAUUGUUUUCAUGCCAUUGUCAUUAUUAGCACAACUUUUAAUGUGGAAACAGUUAAGUGUUAAACUCAGGGUCACAGGCAGGAUCUAUGCUACAUUUAUGAGCUUAUAUUAAUGGUUUUAAAAGAAUUGAAAAUAAAUGUUCCCUCAGCACAUAAACAGUCAUGUUUUUAAAGUUUUCUUUCAUCCUCUUGUUCUGCUACUUUCAAAACGUCUUAAUUAAACAAUGUAAAAUAACAGCCUUUUGGGCAAAUAUCAACUCUGUAUCAACAAAAUUCUUAAACCUGCAACAACAAAUUUCCUUUAGUUACAAGGGGGCAGAGGAGUAAGUUCUGAGUCCCUUGAUAAGGCAAACAUUUUAGCAGUUACUUAUUUACAAAUGCAAAAGUUACAAAGCUACAUUAGCACUCAGUGUUUUUCACCGCAUGACAAAUCCAAUAUUCACAGUUUUAGCUCCGUUUUAGGUCUUGAGGAAAAUAUAUGAAUAUUAGCUCUAAUCUAACUUUAAUUUCAUAGCAUUUGUCAGUUGCAGGAAGGUGUUCUGCGAGAACAUACAUUACCUCCACUGAGGCUAAUGCCCUAUCUUGCAAUGUCAAAGCAGUGUAUACCAUUUAUUAUCUAGAUUGUUAUGGCCAACCAUGUUCUAAAUUGUCUGUUUUUUUACACUUCUAACAUAAAGAGUCACUUGGUGUUUUGCUCCUUUGCCGCGUUGUAUAGUUGUGUGCAGGGCUAUUUGACAUGUGUUGUGAAGUUCAUUGUCCGCACAGAGUGAAACCUCUAGUUUGAGCUGCAGUUCAGCUCGUACUUGCAAGUGGGUCCUGUUCACUAACCAACUCUGAGGAAACCUGAGCUGAAAACACCACAAAACUGAAGUUGGAGGGGAGCUGCAUAUUCUUGUCAAAAUUAUUUCUGCAUUCAUCACUGAGUAACCCCUCUCACGCUGUCACAUUAUUUUCACUCUUAUUUCAUUGUCUUCAUUAAAAUAAUGUCUCAAAUAGUUUAUUAUGGGUCAACUCUUCAGCUUAUCAAGUAACAUUUUACUUCAUUAUAUACUUUUUUAUUGAUGUAAAACCGAACAUUUUGAUUGACAGCGAGUUUUCACUUUGUCAUAUUUGUUGGCAUGGUACAGACACAUUAUUGUAAAACUUGUUUUUAUUAUUGUCAUAGAAAUUAUUGAAUCUAACUGUCCUCUUGUAAAAUGUAACAGAUCCUUCUGUCCUGACAUAGCUAUGCUCAAAGUUCAGUUGGAUUGACCUGAAUAACAGCAUUAUAUAAAUUCUACUUAAUGUUUGCAUCUGCCUGAUAUCAGGAAAUGUUAGUUUGAACCUAAACGUCCUUGUGACUAUUUGAUUUUCUACCCAGUGUCUAUACACUCAGGAGAGAGGGAGGCAUUUUGCCCCUUCUCUGCCAAUGUCCGAGCACUGGACACGUCCUGCCUGCAUGAUAUCAAAGGAUGACGUGGAACCCUUGAGCUGUGCAUAAAAGAUGGCACAUCUCACCUCGCCAUUCGUCAGAUCCUUGAUACCUGCAGUGGUGUUGAGGAUUCUGCCCUGCUUGGCCCAGUGUAUGCUUAGUAACUCUGUUUGAGUUCAAAUCUAUUCUCUGUGAAUUGUUUCUUGACCAUUAAUUAAAUACUUUGAUAUCAUUGAA